AAAUCACACCAUCUCUGCGAUAGUUCCUCUGAUAUCACUCAUUUCUAGCUUGUAUUAUUUAUGAACAGUAAUAGCGGCAGCAGAGCGAGACUUCCAGAAGCCAAGCCUCCCCACUCCUCUCAAUACUGUUCGCUGCCAGUUGCAUGCUGUACCCUGGCUUCAGAUGUUCAACAAUUAAUCAAAGGAAGCAGAAAAAUGUCUGGAUGGCCACAUUCAUAGCCAGGUACACACAGGGUUUAUUACUUUUUUAAGCAAUCAGUAAAUCUUUAAUAUUAGAGAGUGAGUCAUGGUUUCCAGCAUCUGCUCUCAUCUGCCCAUGUGCCAAGCCCAGGAGGUGCCCACCAUUGCUGACACUGGUUACCCCAGUACAGCCAGAGUGUCUGUAUUAUUUCAGACAUCAGAGAAUGGGGAUAAGAGGAUGCUCACUGUGCUCAGUGGAGACAGACCUUUGUUUGUAAUGGUAAAUUGCAGCAAAGUGAGAUUGCAGUGUCACACUUCAGUCGCUGUCAGGGAUUCAUUGUGUUUUGGUGAAAGCAAGCAGCAUCUUCUUGGUGAAAUCACACAGUCGUCUGCAUCUGCCGAUAAGCAGUGGGGAAUCAUAUACAGCACUUGGCUACUGGGUGCAGGGCGGGAAAAUGGUACAUUUGUUUAUUUGAAAGAGGGCAGAAAAUUUUACGUAUAAAUAUUCCUUCUUCCUGCUGAACAUAAAUUAUUCUGUCAUUCAGCUUUCAGCUCUAAAAGCUCGUGAAUUUUAUCAGGGUCUAAAUCCAUCAUUGUCAAGACUGUGUACAGUCAGCUAACCUGCAGUGAAAUUAUUUGGGUCUUACAAAUCCAAUGCAGUAGAAAGCAGGCGCUUACGUACACCUAAUAGUCACUUUGUAAAAUAACAGUUUGGCCAGCAUCACAAAUUGUGUAAAGCAUAAUCUCUUCACAUGAAAGUCAGAGGAGUGUUAAUAUCAUAAUGAGUAAAAUUUCAUUGCUGUGCAUCCUGUGGUCUUUCUGUAUAUUUCUCUAUGUACCUCCUUUCAGACCAAAGGAGUUUUAUUGUAUUUGGAACAAAUGAUACGCUUUUAAAAUACUGCAGCUUAUUUCAAGUAGGUUGGCUUUCAGCUGUGAUUCUUUCUGAGAAUUUUAGCUAUGAAAGAAAGCUUCACAGCAGUUUUUCCCUACUCUUGCUCCACACACAGGCUGUGAGCUGGACUUUCUGCCUUCCUGAAGAUUGUUUUCACCAGUGGCACAACAUUUUCCAAAAUAUCGCGUAUAUAAAACAGCAGAAGUGCUCCUGGCCAUUUACAGGGCAGCAAAACAACAAAAGAAGUCUAGCUAACAUGUUUUCAGAUGGAGGCCAGGCCCCCUCACUCCUGGGAGGGUUGAGCUGAAAGAUGAUGCAACAGGAGACUGCAUCGCUUGCAGCCAGGUGCAGCUGGUGGGAAUGACACUCAGGACCUCUUGGCAUUCCCUAGUCCCUGCUGUAAGAAGCAUCAGAAGACCACACAACCAUCUUCCUCUUAUCCCCCUACCAGAGCCACACAGGUCAUGUUACAGAGACCCCGUCCCUUGAAACCGGGUCGUGCUCCAGAACUGGAAUUAGUGUCUGCCCAUUAUUAUGGCAGAUGCACCACACCUGUCACCUUGCCCUCCAGGUGAUGCAGCAGAAGAGACUGAUUUGACUGUGGUUUACCAGGCAGCAGCUAAUGGUGAUGUGAACACACUGACUGCAGUCAUUCGAGAAGAUCCCUCCAUCCUGGAGUGCUGCGACAGUGAGGGUUGCACACCUCUGAUGCAUGCUGUGUCAGGGCGCCAGGUCGAUACAGUGAAGCUUUUACUGAAGAUGGGAGCCAAUAUUAACACACAAGAUGCAUGUGGACGUACCAGUUUAUCUCUGGCAACUUAUCUGGGCUGGUUGGAAGGCUGCAUCAGCCUGCUCAGAAACGGGGCUAAGCAAAACAUACCUGAUAAAAACGGGAGGCUGCCACUACACGCUGCUACUGCAGAGCCCGAUGUGAGGCUUCUGAAUGUGCUUCUGCAGCAGUCAAAUCUUAGUGAAAUUAAUCAUCAGGAUAAUGAGGGAAUGACUUCACUCCACUGGGCUGCUUUCCACAACAGGCCUCAGCAUGCACAGACCCUGCUGCACAAGGGAGCAGACCUGACUCUGGUGGACAAAGACUUCAAAACCGCUCUGCACUGGGCUGUACAGAGUGGCAAUAGGAUUCUGUGUUCUAUCAUCCUGGACCACUACCAGGGACCAUCAAUAAUAAACUAUGAUGACGAGAAUGGCAAAACUUGUAUGCACAUUGCUGCUGCUGCAGGCUACAGUGAUAUUAUCAGCGAGCUGGCUAAAGUCCCAGAGUGCAACCUGCAGGCCCUUGAUGUAGAUGACAGGACACCUUUACACUGGGCUGCAGCUGCAGGGAAAGCUGACUGUGUGCAGACACUUCUAGAGCUGGGGAUAGACAGCAGCCCUCGAGACAUCAAUGAAAACACUCCUCUGACAUAUGCAAUGUACUGUGGUCACACUGCGUGCAUUAAGCUGCUGUCUCAGGAGAACAGUAGAUCUGAGUUAGUUCAUCAGUUUCCCUCUCAGAACAACAAACUCCUUAAGAAAGAAGGAAGAUUCAGUAUGCUGAACCACAUCUUCUCCUGCAAAAAGAAGAAAGAGAACCAGAAAACCAUUCAGAAAGACAAAAGCAGAGACCAAUAUACUACAGAGGAGACCUCAGAAGUAGAUGACAUCAUCACCACUUUUGAUUGCAUUAUGGACACAAGCUGCAAAGACAUUCCAGAUGAGCGUGUGACCACUACUGACUUUAAAAGAACGACCACAGACACAAAGUACCUCAUGCCAGAAAAGAAGCCAGCAGAAUAUCAUGGACUUCUGCCCAUCAGAACCCAGAGCCUCCCCCCAAUCACUGCAGGCAGUUCCUUCCUAACUGCUUCCCAGAGCACAACAUCAAGCAUGUCCUCCAGCACCAGCACCCACUAUUUUGCACACAAGUCUCAAAAGAGUAGGAGCGAACAUGACUUGCUGGAUCACAGAAGCAGCUGCCAGGCUUUGGUGGAUAACCCUUGGAAUACAAAACCUAACCAAAUACUCUCCUACAAAGCCUGUACUAGAACUCCUUCAGACAAAGCGAUAAAUGGCUUAAACUCUGAUAGAUCUCACCAUGUGCUUUUGUGCCCUCCCCACCUUCCCUCACUUCCUAGUUCUCCAUCAGGUAAAAAUUUUCAGAAGAUAUCCACAGACCAACCCAAAAUAAAAGAACUUACUCCUGUGCGGAACAGCCUGGCUCCUCUACCCAACCACUGCGCUCACAGAUUUCAACUACCAUCUCAGGGUGCUAAGAAGUUUAAAUCCCUGCCUUUAAAUUCCCUACGGACUGGAGCAGUUAUUCUCCCACCAGCACCAUCAUCCAGAUCUCAGAAAAGGGGACAUUCUCACAAUCACUUGCUAUAUUCUUUCUUGCCUGAUCUAUCAGGAGAGCCUCUGAAACCAAGCCGUGUCCUCCCUGCUAUCCCAAGCCAAAAGAAAUCCAGUCCUGCAGAACAGCUUGAGAAAAUCCCUCACCAAACUGAAAAUUAACUCAUUGCACUGGCCUCAAGCACAUCGGCUGAAAUAUAUCCCAGAGCUUGUUACAAGAUAAGUAUACAGUAAAAACUCAUUAAUUUGCUCUAAUGAUGCUCUUGUAAGCUGGAGUGUAAGUGAACAGAAACAAAGAAAAGAAAGGAUGGAACAUAAUAAAAGCUGCACAGUGUAUUUGGAUAGGCAUUUUCAUUAUAGUUUUCAUUUCUGAUGGAAAUACUAAGUAUUUAAUGUGCUGUAAAUCUAUUUUGUGAAUGAGAUCUUCAUAACAUGAAAUGUUGUUGCAGCAUUGCACUGUUAAGCCCUCCAUCAAAAACAGGAAGAAAGAGUAAGAUUUUCUGUGUAAUUUACAUUUCAGAAUUAAAGAAACACAAAUUGAUGGGGAUUCUCUAUACUUUGUAAAGGUGC